GUUAUUUGAGGAAGGUCGCAGUGGGGAGUACUAGUACUGAGUACUGUUGUCUGAGCUAGGCGAUGAUUAGGCUGAGCCCAGACCGGUGCGCCGGACGGAUCGAGGUGUCGAGUCCGGCGCGAUCUUAUGCCGCAGGGGCACAAGGGGUCCAUUCUGGCGGGUUUCGUGCGGGUUAGCAUGGCUUGGCUUUAUUGCUCGCGCCGGUACCUACGUGUUUGGGUUAGACGGGUGGGUUCUUCUGGAUGCUUUUCUCCAAUUCUCCAAAGCAUGGGUGUGGUGGCGAGCAGGUGGGUAUAUGGGACGAGAUAUAGACGUAGCAUAGCACGGCGAGAGAACAAUGCAAAAUAAAUGAAGCAAAAUAUCGUUACGAAGAUAUCGCAGCCUGUAAAAUUCAAGUCUAAACUUGCCCAGG